AUGUGUUCCUCCUAAAAUCAGGAAAAAAAGGUAUUGAAUAAAAAAAUAAUUAGAUUUUUGGCAACACCUUCUCACUAAACCAUAAUAGCAUUAAAUUUGAGUGAUAAUUGUGAAAGUUUAAAUGAGGAAAUUGAAUAUCAGAGAAGAAGAAAAAUUAAACCAUUCUUAAUUAUCAGGUUUUUGGAACAGAAAACUGAAGAACCAUUCUGA